AUGAUGAUGAAUACAACUAUAUCUGAUGAAGUUUAUCAACAACAGCAACUGAUUAAAAAUAAUUCACUUGAUGAUAUCCAUAAUAUUGUUCAUUCAAAUCAAACUCAUUCACCUAAUACAUCAUUAUCAUUGAAAUAUCCUUCAACAAUAAAAUCUCCAUUAUCAAAUCACGACGAUUCAUUCCCUUCAAGAAUACAAACUAAAUCAUCAAAUUUAACAUGUACAACAUAUCCUAUAUCUUUAUCAUCAUAUUAUUAUACAAUAUCACCUUCUAUUUCAUCGAAUCAUCAUCAUCAUCCACAUCAGCAGCAGCAGCAGCAGCAACAGAAUCAGCAGCAUCAUCACAUAAAUACUAAACAAAAUGAUUAUGGUCAACCUUAUGAACAAGAACAUCAAAAGAUGAUUACAUCAUCAUCAUCAUCUUCAUCAUUAUCAUUAUCUUCAUCAUUGUUAUUAAAUAAUAAUUAUAAACAUACAAUGGAUUCAUUACAAUCUAAUCAUUAUAAUAUACAAUAUACAACUAAUCAACAAUCUAAUAAAAUCUGGCAACAAUCUAAUGAAAUAUUAAAUGAUACAUUUCAUACUACUACUAAUACUACUAAUAAUAAUGAUCAAUUGAAUAGAUUACAAGGAUGGUUAAAAUAUCCUUUACAUGAAUAUGAUCAUAUAAAAUGGAAUUCACAAUUAUUAGAAAAUACAAUGAAAAUACAAACAAAAGGGCCAUUUUCUGAAAAUUCUAAAUCUAUAUUAACAAUACCAACAACCGCAUCAACAGUAGGAACAAAAAAUGGAAUCAUAUUCAACCCAAUAGAAUCAUCAUUUUCAUCAUCAAUAUCACCCAGCACUAUUGAAUGUACGAAUAUGAAAACUGUCAGUAAUACUAAUCAUAAUAAUGAUACAGAACACUUUGAUGAUUGUGAAUCAAAACAUUAUGAGAACAAUCAUAGACAAAAUACAAUAUUGAAUCAACCACAAAAUUCACAAAAUCUUUAUAAAUUUACUAAAUCAUCAUUUGACUACUUAAAUAAUAAAAGUAGUAAACAAAAUAAUGAUAAUAAAACAGAAUCCUAUAAACGUACAAUAAAAUAUCAUGGACAUAUUAAAAAACCAUUAAAUGCAUUUAUGUUAUUUAUGAAAGAAAUGCGUUCACAAGUAAUUGCUGAAUGUACAUUAAAAGAAUCAGCGGCAAUUAAUCAAAUUUUAGGUAGAAAAUGGCAUGCAUUAUCUAGUGAAGCACAAGCUAAAUAUUAUAAAUUAGCUAAACAAGAAAAAGAAUUACAUCAACGUUUAUAUCCUGGUUGGUCAGCUAGAGAUAAUUAUGCUACACAAGUGAAACGACGUAGUCGUACUACUACUAAAAUCAAUCGUACUACAAUAACAACUACAACAACCGUCACAACACCAACACCGACAAUUGUAACAGAUCCUACUAUAAUCGGUAAUAAUAAUAAUAAUAACCAUAGCAACUAUGAGAAAACUUAUCAUUCACGUAAACUACCUUAUUCAUUUACUGAUUCUGAAUUAUGGUGUUCAACUAAUCAUAGUAACAAUCACAUUCAUACAACUAACAAUGAUCCUUAUAGUAAUUUUAUACAACCAUUUACAGAUUGUAAUUUAUUACAAUCAUUCAAUACAAAUUAUGAAUAUGAAUAUAUUAAAUCAAAUGAAUUAUGUCAUUCAACUAUUCCAUUCAAUAAAAUGGAUACUACUACUACUCAUAUCAAAUUAAGUAGAAUAUCAAAUUAUGAACAAUUAUAUAAUAGUAGUACUACUACACUACCAUAUUCACACUUUAAUAAUGACAAUUUAAGUUAUGAUAAUCUGUUAACAACAAAUACAAUGAAUAAUUCAAUAGAAUUGAAUCCUAUUCAAUCUUCUAAUGAAAAUCAAUAUUCAAUGAAUAAGUCAAUGAAAGUUGAUUAUGCAGUACAAUCAUUGAUGGAUUUAAAUUAUGAAUCUGUAAUCCAUUCAAAUGAUAAUUCAAAAGAUCAAGAUUGUUCAUUGAAAUAUACAAAUAAAUAUGAUAAAAUACCUAUUUCAUCAACUAAUUCUACAAUAGAUCAAUUCAACAUAAGAAAAGAUUUAUCAUAUCCUACAAACAGGGGAGAUUAUCCUGAAGAAAAUACCAAUACAUUACUUCAUCAUUUAUGGUCCGAUAAUGAAUCCAUCAAUCAAUAUCCUUGUUGUUCAACUUAUUAUUUAGGAUUUUGUUCAACAAAUGAUUGUUUUUCAUCCAAAUUUACCGAUUCAUUACAAUAUGAUAAUACAAAAUCAGAUCUGAUUGAAUAUGAUCAAUCAUCAAAUGUUUUAAUACAACACAACACUUACUUGACAACGAAUCCUUCAUAUUUACAAUGUAAUAAUCCAUAUAAAGUACCUGAAAUCAUACAUGAACAUGAUCUGAUUUCAUCUGUAACCUCUAAUCAAAUGAAUGAUCCUAACAUUACUUCAAAUGAAUCAUUAUUAACAAUGAUGAAUAUGAAUCGAUCAACUACAAAAUCUAUAACGGAACAAUAUUUUGAAGAUCAAUCAUUAUAAAUGACAUCUAAGAAAAGGAAUAAUAAUCUUUAGAAUGUCUAUGUAGACAUUCAGAUAACAUGGGAUUCCUUGAAUGUAUCAUUUCAAAGUCUCAAUGUAGA